AUGGCGGUCCGCCGUUCCGCUCGCUUACGCGCCAGGUCAUCCGAGGAACCUGAGCCUCAGACCGAACCUGUUCCUCAAAUUUACAAAAACGAAAACGCGACCAACAACGAGACGAAACUACCUCCAGUCAUGGAACACGACGAACCCCAACCCCCAGAACCCGUCCAAAAGACGCCAGUUCGCAACUCUACCGUGAAUGAAACACCAAACAAAACACCCAAGUCCGAAAAGAAGCCUAGCGAACACAAAACUCCCACGAGCACCGCCGCCACGCGCCCCCCGAUGGGCGAAAUGCAUCCAAGCAAGGUGCACCAAAGCACAACCAAGAAGGUCGACUCCGGAUUAAUCCUUGGCUUCAACCCCGUGAAGAAAGACGCGAAUGGAAAGGUUGUCAAGGAUACUGUUGUCGAGAAUACUCCUACCAAAGCCAAGGCUUCUCCGGCUAGCCAGUACGGCACGCCCGGAUUCGAGUUCAAGUUUGCGUGUCAAGAGUCCGAGCUCAGUGAUGAGGCGAAGAAGCUUAUGGAGAGUGUGCGUGAGGAUGUCGCGAGGAUCAAGGCGCAGAUGAUACAGGACAAGCAAGCGCAGGAGCAGUCUGGAGACAACACGCAUGAGGGCGAUAGGAGGAUCGCGCAGCCAAAGGGCAGAGCGGGUCGGUACGAUGAUGCUCACAUGGCUGAGUUUAAGAAGAUGGAUUCUAUUGCUGGACAUGCGUCUGCGUUUAGAGCUGCGCCUGGUCGUUUCAAGCCGGUGGAUGCUACUAAGACCCUGAAGAGGACCAAGUCCAAGGCGCGCCUUGAUGAGUCUGAGAGUCAGAACAACUCGCCUUCAAAGGCUACGCCGUCGAAAGCUACGCUUUGCAAGCCUUCGCCUGCUCCUGCGGCUGGUGCGAAGCGUGUCAAGCAUGAUAGGACUGAUGAUGCUUCUACUCGUCGCCCAUCCAAGGAGGAUGCCCCGGCCACUACUGCACCUGCCACUACUCCUAGACGCACUAUCGAUCCCUUGCGACGCCGUACCGCUGUCCGCGGCUCUUUGAUGACCCCCACCAGAUCUUCGAUGGCUCGUGCAUCAUCUGCUAGCGUCAAGCCGCCCAAGAAGCCAUCGAUGAUCCCGGGACCAACGCAGUCUCCCGUCAGCAAACCUCUUGCUGCCCCGCGUACUCCUCAGACUGAGUUCAACCCGCGCCUCAAGACCAACCUGCCCAGCUUCGCCAAUCUCAAGUCAAUCCUCCGUCGUCGUGAACCUUUGUUCUCGAAAGACCCCGCCAAGAUCGCUGCUGGAACGCACUCUGCGGCGCCGGACUUUACUCCCGAUCUCCUGUUCAGCGGUAUCCACGGCGAGGGUGACAAGGAGGAUGUUGCACAGACGCCUUCGCCCAAGAAACGCGUCGGCUUCUCGCCCAGCGUCAAAUCUCCAAACGACCUGCCUCCCGCCUCGCCAUCCCCGUCUAAAAUCCCUACAUCCACACGUCCCGCUUCGGACAUCACCUAUCCUACGCUUCCUGCCCUGACUCCAGAAAAGGCCGCCACUUCAAACCCCGGCACGCCCUCAAUCCGUCACGUCCGCCCCUCAACUGUCACCGAAGACAAGUCCCUGAUCCCAGAAGUCCCGGGCGUAAUGCACGGCAUCAACAACAAAAAGCGCCACCGUGUGGAACCCGACGAGGCAGACACCGAGAACGUCCCUCCAGCCGACUCAACCACAAACGCCAACGCGUCCGACGAACGCAGCGCAAAGCGCGUCAAACCCAACACCCCCGUCAAACGCCAUCAACCGCCGACACCUAGCCCUGUCAAGGCCCCCGCGGGUACGCCUUUGCGCUCUGCCAGCAAGGUUAGCCGUCCCAGCGGCGCUCCUGGAAGCGUGAGCCGUACCGGCACUGGUACUGGUACGCCCGGGAGCAUGAGGAAGAAUCGAUUUAUGACGAGCAGUCGCUUGAAUAUGUUGGCGCAGCCGAAGCAUCGUUAA